CCCCAGAGGGCGGCCGGCGGCGUGGGCUGCGUGGUGUGGGACGCUGCUCUGGUGCUCGCCAAGUUCCUGGAGACCGGCGCUUUCCCCUUCGCCCGCCGCCGCGUCCUGGAGCUGGGCGCGGGCACCGGCGCCGUCGGCAUCAUGGCAGCCACGCUGGGGGCGAACGUGACGGUCACAGACCUGGAGGAGCUGCAGGAGCUGUUGUUGAUUAAUAUUGAGAAUAACAAGCACCUGGUCACAGGGUCCGUCAGAGCCAAGGUACUGAAAUGGGGUGAAGAUGUAACUGAAUUUCAGCCUCCCCCUGAUUAUAUACUCAUGGCUGAUUGCAUUUACUAUGAGGAGUCCUUGGAGCCCUUGCUGAAGACCCUGAAGGACCUGACAGGCCCUGACACUCGUGUCCUGUGCUGCUAUGAACAGAGGACUAUGGGGAAGAACCCUGAAAUUGAGAGAAAAUACUUUGAACUGCUUCAGAAGGACUUUGAGCUGGAGAGAAUUCCCCUGGACAGGCACGACGAGGAGUACCGGAGCGCAGACAUCCACAUCGUCAGCAUCCACAGGAAGUGCACGAAUUGCCCAUCGUGAGAUCUUUGAGCACAGGAUCUGUCCCCUGGCAGAGCUCUGGAGAAGAGGGGAUGGGAUAACACCACAGAGGGACUGUCUGCGGUGUGGUUGUGACUCAUCUGCACCGAGCAGCUUCUCGCUGGCAGCCGAGGUGUCUGACAGCAGCACCGCUGUGGGCUGGCCGUGUGCGCGGCGCGGGGAGGCGGGGAUGGAGCGGGGAUGGAGCGGGGAUGGAGCGGGGGCGGC